AUGCCUCCUUCAAGACGUGUCCAUGCUAGUGCGCCUGUGGACAAGUAUUUUCCUAGCAACAGUUUAGUGAUAGGUGCAGGAGUGACAAUAUUUCACCUCGCCACAAAUCGCAUCGUCAUCUGCAGAGACACACGCUCAAACGUCUACUUCCUCCCCAAAGGCCGCAAAGACGCAAGUGAAGAAACCACCACUACAGCAAUUAGAGAAGGCUUCGAGGAGUCUGGGUACAGAUGCAGAUUACUGCCUUUACCUAUUGAUCACUUGCAACCGUCUCCCGCUGGAACCAGCCAAGAAGAACAGAAAUGGGUUAUAGAACCUUUGGCGACGAGAUUGAUGCCAGUGGCGAGAGAUUAUCAGUAUAUGCUUUUUUGGUUUGCGGCCGAGACAAUACCUGAACAGCUUGAGGAGUCGUUGAAUAAGGUGUCGACGGAUGGGUGGGUGAUGCCUGAGGCGUUUCCUGAGAAUACGACGUUGAAGGAGAGGGAAAAGAUGGAUGCAAGGAGUGAUGGGAUGUAUCAGCCGAAUAGACAUGAAGGCACUGGUGUUGAUGAGGAUGAGGCUUUCUAUGUUGGUCACCUGGUAGAGGUGGAAGAGGCAAUAAGGUUGCUAGGUGGGACUAGUGCUGAUGUUGUCAGACGUGCCUGGGAAGCAAUUUGUUUACGGAGGAAGCUGGAAGGGGAGGUAAAAGCUUGA